AUGAAUUUAGAAGAAUCGAAUGAGUUCUGCUGCCGAUUAUGUGCGAGUAAUACGUCGAAAAAAUUCAUUUUUAUUAACGAUAAAUCUUUCACUUUAAACAUUGCCGAAAAAAUAAAAUCCUACCUUCAUGUCGAUAUAGAAAAGGCAAACAAUGAGAAAAAAGAAGCCAAAAUAUGUAAUGAUUGCACGGAUAAAAUCACAGAAUGGGAUAAAUUUGCAUUGCAAGUUAAAAAAGUCGAUGAAAUGUUUAAGUCGCUGGCACACAACAACACACAAAACCCUAAGGAUGUCGCAAAACAUUUGCUCAAUCAAGAAUCUAUCAUACAACAAUCGACUUUAACAGACGACUCCAAAAUAAAAAAUUUCAAAAAUGAACAAAAUGAAGGAGAAAAAACUGAUUAUUCCAAAACUCUUGAAGGUAAUAACGAAGAAUUUUCCGAUGAGGAUGAUGUUCCACUAUCGACUCACAUAGAACCUCCAAAAGAUGCUCUCAAUAAUGUUAAAGAACCAAAAUGUAAAAAAAAUAAUAAGCCGAAAGUAAAAUUAAAGAUUGAUGCUAUGAGAAAAUCUAACGAUGAGGAAUCCUGUAAAGAAAAUGAAGAAAUGAAAAAUUCAACGAAUGAUACAAUCGAAAGUAAAAAUGAAAAGGCUGAUGGUGACCACGAUGUACAAGAUGGUACAAAAAAUAAUGAUGAUGGUGAUGGAAAUGACACUGAUGACGUCAGUGAUGAUGAUGAUGACGACAAAGAAGAAGAUUUCAAAGAUGACAAAAACGUUAAUAAAACAAACGGAUUACAAUCGUUGUUCAUGUGGGAAUGCAUAAAUUGUAACGCACCCGUUAAAAAUUGGAAUGCUCUAGUCAAACAUUGUAGAGAAAGUCACAAUUCCAAUGCAUCCGUUCGAUGCGUUUGUGGUAAACUUUUACAAUCGAGAGCAUCCAUAAUGAAACAUCGUACGAAACACACGAUCGGUUACGGUUUCAAAUGCGAAUACGAGAAUUGUAACAAAACGUUUCACCGACAGCAACUUUUAGAUGUUCAUUCGUUGUCGCACAUGCCGAAAGAAUUACAACCCUGGUUGUGUUGUAAAUGUUCUAGAAGAUUCCACACGGAAUCACUUCUCAAACAACACGAAAAAGUUCACUUGCCCAAAGAAGAAAAAUUAAUUCAUCCGUGCGACGUUUGUAAAAAAAAGUUCUGUAGCAAAUCUGCUGUUUCUGCACACGUUCGAGCCGUUCAUUUCGGUGAAAGGCCUUUUGUUUGCGAUCAAUGCGGUCACAGUUUCACAAGUAAAGGAAUCCUUCACGAACAUUUAACUAUACACAGCGACGUUUAUAAUUUUCACUGCAAAGACUGUAAUAAAAGUUUUAAAACGAAAUACAGGUUGAAAAUCCACAUGGAUACUCACGUCGAAACGAGGUAUCAGUGUCCCGUUUGCACUCUCACUCUCAACACUAGAAGAACGUUAAGAAUGCAUUUGUUGGUACAUAAAGAUGACAAAGCUUUCCAAUGCACGACUUGCGGAAAAGCGUUCAAGAGAUCGAAAGACUUGAAAAAUCAUUACAAUCUUCACACGGGAAGACGACCGUACACGUGUCCAUUUUGCCAGAGAACUUUUGCAAACGGUUCAAAUUGCAGAUCACACAAAAGAAGAAUGCAUCCGGAAGAAUUGAAAAUGUACGAAGCGGCUUUGGCGCAGGCAGGACACGAACCCAUAAUCCAAGAUGGCCGAAACGUAAUAUCGUCGAACGAGACGAAAACGGAAGGAAAAAAUUCUGAUAAUACGAUAUCGUUGGCGACGUACGAAAUGAAAAAUUUUUUAAAUUCUCCCCCCCUCCCGGGGGAAAAAAGAGAAAAAUUAAAUAAUAAUAAUAAUAAUAAUAAUAAUUUAUCAAUCGGAAACGAAACUUUAACGAAUCUUCAUCAUGAGAGUAGUAGUCGCGGUGGGAGUGGCCGUGGCAGCAGCAGGAGCAACAGAACCGUUAGGGAUAUCAAAGAAAAGGAACAAACGAAUAGGAAAAAAUUCGAUGAUAAUAAUGAUGAUGAUGACGUGGUUACAGAUUUCACACAAAUCGGAUUUUCUUCUCGAAAUUUAUCUCACUAUCAUCAUGAUCCCAAUUCGAAUUCUUUUUGGUGUACAUCAUCUUCAUCAUCAUCAUCAUCAUCAUCGUCAUCGUCGUCAUCUGGAGAAAUUCCAGGGAAUCCAUUUUUUAAAUAA